AUGGGAAUGGUUAAUGACAACGAAUUCGAAUAUAAGAAAGCAUAUACUAAUGAAUAAAGGUUGGAAAAAUACGAAAAAGUUAUAAAGCAUACAGGUGAAGAAAGAAUUCUGGUUGUUUUGGAGAGGCACAGAAAAGCUAAGAUUUAAAAAUAAAAUGACAAGUUGUCUUAAUUUUAAUUAUUUGCAAUAAAUAAAAAUAAAACUCUGGUUGAAUUAAUGCAAUAUGUUAAAUAAAAUGCAGGAAUCGAUGUUUCAACAAGCAUAUUCUUGUAUUGCAAUAAUCAGUUACUCAUGAUGAAAUCUGAUAUAACUGUUGGAGCCUUAUAUGAUACAUAUCAAAAUAAAGAAGAUAAACAUUUAUAUUUAAAAUAUGCGGAUUUUGAAACAUUUGGUUGA